CUCGUGGUCAGGAUCCUGGUUCCGUCCCACUAGCCACCCACCCGGCCGGGCGGGUGAGAAGUGGGACGGCCACAACUCGUCAGAAUUUGUUACCCCGCUCUAGAGAAAAAGAGCGUCGACACCCAAAAACCCCAAAGUAAGUACUCACACCAUCGUCUUGCUUCAAAAAACUCCAUAUUUCGUCGUUUCCAUCGCGUACGCGUUCUUUUUUUGCUGCGUUCAGGGUUGAUAGUCUCAAUUUAAUCACUUAGCGACUGUUCCGGUUUAGUAAACCGAAACUCAAACUUCGAAAAGAAAAUGGGUUGCGCGUCGUCUAAGCAGGAAAAGGCGGCAGAAGCCGCUCCAGCCGCGGCUGCUCCGCCGCAAAUGGCCGCGGUAUUUGAAAAUAGAUUUACACAAAGUGGACCACGUGUGUUGCAUGAAUUCGAUAUUUAUUUUCAUUUGUAUUUCCAUUCGUUGAUGAAGUCGGAAGUCCACACAGUCACAGCCUAUUUGUGGGACGAAAAAUCAUCCCAGCAUCGCAAUUACCAUGCAAGAAUAUUUUGAAUUUAAACAUAGGAGCCCGCCAAGCCGGCCGAGGCCGCCGCGGAUGGUCCCAGCACCUUCUACGUGGUUGACCACACUUUCAAGCCGGACUGCAAGGCGGAGGAUUGGUGGACCGCCAUGACCCCGUUCCUGUCCGACCCGGAGAAGCUCAAGGGCAUGUUCUCGGGCAACUCCGGGAACGGAUUCUACAACCACGCCUUCAUCCCCAUGGCGCAGGACCACAUUUGCUGCAUCUGGGAGUGCAAGGCGGGUAAGAGAAGGAGCAGGACUAGAAUCACUCCACACAACUUGAUCCUUGCACUAUAAUUUCACAUAUAAAAAUUAAAAUUGUCUUCUAGGUCUACCAAGUUUUAUUCGGGUUAUUUCAUGUUGAACUUCUAGGUUAUUUCAUGUUGAACUUGUAUGUUUUAGUUUUUCUUUUCAUACAAAUUCAAAUGCAUGCUAAACGACCACAUAAUGAUAUCGUCUCCACGACCCAGGUGUCAAGGAAGCUGAUUUGCAGACCCUGUUGGAUGACAGCGUGGGGCAGAAGAUGAUGGUCAACAAGUUGAUGGUGAUCAGCCCGGAGCUCACCGGCGGACAGAUGCCGUUUGCCGCCGCCUACGCGAAGGACUCCAAGCUCUCCAUGGAACUGAAUGCCACCUACGCCUCCAGCGCCAGUAUACUUAAGUUUAUUUCCCUGGCUAGUAAAGAUGCAUUUGUUUGUUCCGUUGCUAUCUAGUCAGCUUCAUCGUAGAAAUUGAAAUUGGAAUUGCCUUCUCUGCGUAUGCCCGAAGAUCUGGAACCAUGAACGGGAGCACUCGGAGUGCGUGCACGAGCAGCAUCUUGCUAAUUGCUCUCCCAGCUGAUCCCAUGGUAUUGCUAGAAAUGCGAUGGGGGAGGAGAGCGAACAUAACAAAAGUGAUAUUUUCAAGUAUAAAAAUGUUGUUGAUACUUCAGGCCAGUGGUACAUCGUGAAGCACGACAUGAAGGAGGGCAAGGCCGAUGAGUGGUGGGCUGACACCGCUAAGAUGAUGGCCGACCAGGAGGCUUAUGCCAAGUUCACCCAAGACGGCCUCGACAAGGGGUUUGCCAACCAUUCCUUCAUGCCAGUCAGCAAGGACCUCGCCUACUGCGUCUGGGAAUGCAAGGAAGCGGGCAUGGAAGACGGCUUGCAAGGUAAUUUGACGUUCUCUUUGUGAUCUUCUAGAUCUGUUUAUUUCAUCUACUUUCCAGCCCACGGAGGAUUUUUUGGAUUCUUUAGUGUCUCGUCAUCGUGAUUGAUUAAUGGCAGCGCGUUUGUCCGUUCGUUCGAGUCUAAACCAGGAGACUUCUACUUCCACGCAUUGUUACGAAAAUGUACAACCAGACGCUACAACACAGCGCAAGCCCGUCUGGGCGGAAGGUCGUGCAAGACGUGUUUCUGCAUCUGAAUCUGGGAUGAAAAUUACCUCAUAUGGCUAAGUAAUCAAAAACAAAACAGCGCAUCUCGAUGAGCAAGUCGGACGGGGUUGCUUCGUCAAUACCGUGAUCGCCACCCCGGGCGAACUUUCCGGCAACCAGCGCGCGUACGCACCCAAGUUCAACACGGAGUAA